CACCGCGCAACGGCGAGUCACAUGCGGGCUAUCGAAGCACUCACAGCGGGCGUGAGAUCUCCCGACGGCCGGCGGCUGGAUUCAGGACGCUUGUGAAUCUCCCAGACCCUGAGGAACACUUUUGAUUGCAUGGGAAAACACUGCGCUUUUAAAACUUUUCAAGAUUGCUCUGGUCUGAUUUCGUUCCCUUGGAUAAGUUGUCAAGUUGUGGGCACUAAACUUUGCGUAAGGUGCACUCUUCUCCUUUGCAUGCAUAUUUUGUUAUUUCUUUCAUCGCGGUUUAUCCUGUGCUUCAUGCGCACCAAUGUUAGCUGUCGGGCAGAUGGAUCCUAACAGGCAGAGUGCUUUCGUCCUGGGCAGUACUCCACUGGCUGCACUGCACAACAUGGCCGAGAUGAAGACCUCUUUAUUCCCGUACACCCUGCAGAACCACGCGGGGUUCAAGACUCCUUCUCUGACCAAUCUGAACUCCCAGAUCCCGUUGGGGACGCCACAUGGAAUAAGCGAUAUACUGGGGAGACCCAUCACCGCAGCUGGACAGUUUCUCACGGGCUUUCCCAGGAUCAACGGGUUGGCCACAUCGGCCGGGAUGUACUUUAACCCCGUGUCCCGAUAUCCCAAACCCUUGACGGAGUUGCCCGGGAGGGCGCCCAUUUUUUGGCCGGGAGUGAUGCAGGGUUCGCCGUGGAGAGACCCGCGUGUGUCCUGUCCGGCUCAAGCAAACAUGAUGCUGGAUAAAGAUGGCAAGAAGAAACAUUCCAGACCAACUUUUUCAGGACAGCAGAUUUUCGCCCUGGAAAAAACGUUCGAACAGACCAAAUAUCUGGCGGGUCCGGAGAGAGCUCGACUGGCAUAUUCCCUGGGAAUGACUGAAAGUCAAGUCAAGGUGUGGUUUCAGAACAGAAGAACCAAAUGGCGGAAGAGACACGCGGCUGAAAUGGCCACAGCCAAAAAGAAACACGAUUCAGAGACGGAGAAGAUGAAGGAGAGUUCGGAAAACGAGGAUGAUGAUGAUGAUGAAUACAACAAACCUCUGGACCCGAACUCCGACGACGAGAAAAUCUCAAGACUGUUAAAAAAGCACAAGGCGAGUAACCUGUCCCUCAUCAGCCCCUGUAGCAACAGCUCGGACACUUUGUGAUGAUACGGAGCACUCUUCAUCAUCAUCAUCAGCCUCAGGAUCUUCUGGAGAAAUGAGGCAGAAUUAACCAGGGUAUAAACACACUGUUCACACGGAGAGACUCUGAAUGCAACUGUACAGUUAGAAGUGUAUGUGAGAUGUAUAUAUUUUUUUUAUUGAGUAAAUUAUGUUAUUAAAGCAUCACGGAGACGUGCCAACUCCCCCCCACCUUCAUCAUCUUCAUCAUCAUCACAGGUCAAUUAAAGAUGAUUUUUGGUUCAGUCGCAGAAGCAUAGCGACGCCUAACAGUUUGACAGUUUUAAUUUGGGAAACAGGUACACGUGUAUAAAGUCGGUGUUGUAAAUGAUGUGAAUAGAAUUUGUUUUAACAAUGUCCCUUUUGACCGCUUAUACUUUCAAUGGAAGGACUUUAUGUUUUACCUCACAACACGAAAAAUAGACAAAUAUGGAUGAGAAAUAUCGGACGAAGAGAAUAUUAUUGCUUCCGUGCUGAAGGAAGAAAAAACUUUGUAUUAUCAAUAAAUUAUUUAACA